CAGUGAGGGCCGCAGAGAGGAGACGGGGACGCGGGUAAAAGUUCCUCUCUUCCGGAUUGAAGCUCUUCUGAACCAGCUGGAGCUCGCGCUCCGUGGCGCGUGCAGCGGAGACUUUACGCGCGGCUCUCGGAGACCGUUACGCGUGCGGCUGUGUGCGUAACGGGAGGAGAACCCACCUGUCCGACGGAGGGACGCUGCUCCGGGUCCCGGAGGAUGUGAAUGUCCCUGAUUUACGCGGAGCAGCGGAGCGGACUGAGCGGACAGACUCAGGCAGAGAGCCGCAGAAACAUGGCCAGCCCCGGGAGGAGCGAGGAGGACUGAGAGCUUCCAGCAGGAGAAAGUUUCCACUCGACAGGAUGGAUGGAGAGAACCCUGCGCUGCCAGGAGGAGCAGUGGAGAGGGAGAGGGAGAGAGAGAGACUCCCACCGAUCUACGGCAGCUCCGCUCCAGCUGGCUUGGGGCGAGGAGUCAAGCAGCCGCUUCCGUCUCUCGGAACCUUCAUCUCCACGCUGAGCCAGAGGAGGGACUUAGGGGGGCGGGGCUUGUCUGGCGGCAUGACGGGCACCCUGAGCAGCAGCCUGGGGCUCCGACACGGGCGAGAGCUUCCUCCGAUCUGUGGUGACGUCCGUCAGAAGCAGCGUUUCUCCAUCGACACGCUGCCUCCAGAGGUCAAAGCUCCCUUCCCCCCCGACCCCGUCAUCCCGCUGAGGACCAAGACCACCAGGGAGUUCCAGGAGGACAUGGAGCAGGCCGUCCAAUCAGAGGACUGGAGGGACGUCCGAGAGUUCUACCUGACCACCUUUGACUCCUUCAUAGAAAUCAACGCUGCCUUCAAGCGAGAGGCGAACGGAUCGUUCAACACCAUCGACGACUCAGGAGUCAACGCCAAGUUUGUCAACGCUGUUUACGACGCACUGCUCAGCACACCACAGGACAUCCAGAAGUCAGUGUUGAAGGGGAUCAUCAACAGUCUGCUGAGAGAGUGGAAAGGGCCGCGCAGCAAGGACGACCUGAGAGCGUAUUUCAUUCUGGUUCAGAGUCCCCAGUAUUCAAGCACCAACACAUAUGUGAUCUUUGCUCACCUGCUGAGGCAGAUCGCAGUUCUGUCCGAGGCCGACCACCACUUCCUGGUUCACUGGCUCAAAAGGCUGUCCACACGGCGCUUCAGGCAGUUAGUGGAGCGCCUCCUGCAGUUCAUCUCCACCCGCCUGUUUCCUGCCGAACCAGACGAACUUCCUCCUCUGGCCAAGUGCUCCUGGUGGAUCCCGUCUGCCACCAAAGUGCUCAGCCUGUUCAAUGCAGCCAACAGCGUCUCCUCUUUACCCAUCAUGCCUUUCACCGACUUCUACAACAUCACUGUGGAGCACAUAGACUUCAUGGAGGACUACAGGACCUGGCAGAACUACGGCAACUCCAACAGAUUUUCCUUCUGUCAGUUUCCCUUCAUCCUGUCGACGGUGGUGAAGAAAGCCAUCAUCCAGAAAGACUCCGAGCAGCAGAUGAUCAGUCAGGCCAGGCUAAGCCUGGUCAGUAAGGUGUCUCGCAGGCAGAGAGUGGACAUGAACCUUCUGUUCCUCAACAUUAAAGUACGACGGGCGCAGCUCCUCAGCGACUCACUGGAUGAGCUGACGAGGAAGCGGUGCGACCUGAAGAAGAAGCUGAGGGUGACCUUCGUCGGGGAGGCGGGGCUUGACAUGGGCGGCCUGACGAAGGAGUGGUUCCUGCUGCUGGUGCGACAGAUCUUCCACACAGACUACGGGAUGUUCACCGACAUGAAGGACUCACGCUGUCAUUGGUUCAGCAGUUGGAAGUGUGACAACUACUCUGAGUUCCAGUUGGUCGGGACUCUGAUGGGUUUAGCAGUUUACAACAGCAUCGCUCUGGACAUCCACUUCCCUCUCUACUGCUACAGGAAGCUCCUGGCUCCGCCCACUGCACCAUGUGACCAGAACGCCCUGGUGGGCAUGGCGCCGGCCACCCUGGACGACCUGCAGCAGAUCAUGCCAGAGCUGGCUCACGGUCUGGGAGAGCUGCUGAGCUACGAGGGGAACGUGGAGGACGACUUCUACCUCACCUUCCAGGUGUUCCAGGAGGAGAUGGGCGUCGUCAGGUCCUACAACCUGAAGCCGGGAGGAGACAGAAUUCCUGUGACCAGGCAGAACAGGAAGGAGUACGUUCAGCUCUACGUCGACUUCCUGUUGAAUAAAUCCAUUUAUAAACAGUUUGCUGCCUUUUACCACGGCUUCCACAGUGUGUGUGCCUCCGACGCACUCAUGCUGCUGCGGCCGGAGGAGGUGGAGAUGCUGGUGUGCGGCAGCCCGGACCUGGACAUGAGUGCGCUGCAGAGAGCUGCUCAGUAUGAAGGAUACAACAAGAUGGACGCCACGGUUCGGUGCUUCUGGGACGUGGUCCUGUCGUUCCCUCUCGAGCUGCAGAAGAAGCUCCUGCACUUCGCCACAGGAAGUGACCGUGUUCCUGUCGGAGGAAUGGCCGACCUCAACUUCAAGAUCUCCAAGAUCGACGUCCCGAUCGACUGGCUGCCGAUCUCUCACACCUGCUUCAAUCAGAUCGGUCUGCCGGCGUACCGCACCAGGAAGGAGCUGAAACACAAACUCACCAUCGCCAUCUCCAACGCCGAGGGCUUCGGCCUGGAGUGACACACACACACACACACACACACACACACACACACACACGGUGGAUCAGAGUGUGUUGUGACAAACAGAAGAAACACAAGUCACUUCGAUCACAUGAAGAAAUCGAACCAUAGACGUUUUCAGUUUCAUGAAUCAGUAGAAAUCUGUGUCAGCCUCAGAAACGGGUCAAAUAAGUGAAUUGUUCAAAUAUUUAAAUCCUCUGACUGUAACUUCCUCUGUGUUCUUAGUUAUUAUUAUAAUUAUUAUUAUCAGUGUUCAUUGUUAUUGUCUCUGACUCAGUAAAAACAUUCAGAAGAAGAAUCAACGAGUUUUCCGAUGAAUGAAUUUUACUCUGAAGUGAUGCGACAGGAAGUGAGAGACGAAGGUCAGAGGUCAGAGUCUGUUGUGUGUAGAUCUGAUGAUGUCACCGGUGUUUUAAAUAUGUUUCAUGUCCCAGUUUGUGGCAGAAGAAUCACGAGAUGUGGAUUUCCAUGUGAAUAGUUUAUUUUCCGACAUGGCCUGAAGUGAAGUGACGGCUGCAGCAGAGAUCUUUUAUCUUUUAAACGUCGUGUGACUGAAGCAGAGCCGUUGAUUGACAGCUCACUGCUCUUUGAUGUUCAUGUCAGUCCAUAUCGAUGAUUUUUCAAUUAUCAUUUCUUUCAACAGUUUUUCACCUGAGUGAAGUUUGUAGUUUUAAAGUCAGCAGAUGAUAUGGAUGAAAAUGAUAUUGUGAUAAUUCUAGAUAUUGUUUACUCGUCUGUUCUCACGAGGUCGAGGUCUCAGAGCUUCUGGGCUCUGAUCAAACUGUCUUCUGUCCACGUCUCUGUUUCCUGGGCGACGUGUCUGAGGUCCUAGCGAUGCACGAGUAGCAGUAACCAAGCAACGCUCAGGAACUGGUCUGGAACUGGUCUGGCACUGGUCUGGCUGCAGAACCUCCCAUCACAGGAUCUGGGCCAGUCGUCCACUGAAGGAGUCGUUUCUGUGCUUUAACCUCGUCCAGCGCUGCAGGAGACAGACAACGUCUUCUGGACACGUCCACGUCUCGUCCGACUGAAGACGGACAGAAGGACGGAGGAGACGUGGAGGCUUCCCAGUGGGACAUCAAUGUUUUCAUUUCCGGUGUGUGGGACCAAACUGUGUGUGGGACAGUGGCUCGGUGUGUGUGGAUCGGAUCAGAGGUUGUGAUGUUUGAAUUUGAAACGUGACAGGAAACUCCUGAUUUAAUAUUUAACAGCUGAAACCGUUGUGUUGUGUCUUCUGAGGUAAAGUCUUUAAAGCUUGUGUUGCUCUCGUCUUCUCUAACGAACUGAACCGAUGUGUGAACUCACGAUUCUGCAUAAAGGUCGACGAGGGGUCGCUCCUCUGGAAAAGAUUCACGGACUCUUUCUUGAUUUGAAGAAACUCAGACUCAUCGUGAAGUUCAGUCACACUGGAACAGUUUAUAAUAAAAUACCUAUACCAUAAA